CCUGCAGAAAUCAACCUGGAAACUCCUGGUACAGCCGAGGCAUCCCAGGAGGGGGAUAGUAUUGGCCAGAAGUGGACAAAGCUCAGAGAAAAGAAAAAACACCCAAAGGUCAGCAGCGAGACAGAAAACUGAGAAGUCCGAGCCCUCAUGAAAAUGAUUAUGUCUGACCUUCACCACCUCCCCACGGUGUCUCUGGAUGGAGUACUCAAGAAAAUGACUGGCAGUUUUGAGAUGACUGUCUUCACCGAUCGCUUAAAAACUUAGCCCGUUCUACAAAGGGAUUGCAGAAAUAAACCAUUCAGAUGCAGUAAAAGGGGGAGAACGAUUCAGAUGUAAAACUGCAAAUUGGCCAUGCAUUGAUGAAGAAGCAGCUGCAUGUACUGGCUUUCAAUUUCACAUCCUUACAUCUGAUUUGAAGUGACGGUGAGAGGAAACAUAAGGUAUCUCUCGUUCUGUUUGGACUCCUUGUUUACAGAAGAGUGAUGGAGAUGCUAUUAAGCACAAAAGGCAUCACCAUAUGCCUGUUUUUCUUUAUAUUGAGUUUGGCAGCAGCAAUUGAAAUACCAUUAUCAGUUGUGCAGCUUCCAACAAUCACGGAGCAAUCUCACACCCAGGUUGCCUACCCUUUUGAUGAGGACUUUACAAUUAAAUGUGAAGCUAGAGGAAACCCACAGCCCACCUUUAACUGGACUAAGGAUGGAAAACCGUUCGAUUUAUUAUCUGACCCGAGGAUAGUUGCGACUAACAACUCUGGAACGUUUGUGAUUCAAAAUCGAGGCAUCAUCACUAAUUUUCAAGGGAAAUAUCGUUGCUUUGCAUCUAAUGUGCUGGGAACUGCCAUGUCAGAAGAAAUUGAACUAAUUGUUCCAAGUGUACCAAAAUUCCCAAAAGAAAAAAUUGAGCCCCUUGACGUGGAGCAUGGUGACUCUGUGAUUUUGCACUGUAACCCCCCAAAGGGCAUCCCGCCUUUGCAUAUCUAUUGGAUGAAUAUUGAUUUGCAGCACAUUCCGCAAGAUGAAAGGGUCUCCAUGAGCCUUAAGGGAGAUCUCUACUUUGCAAAUGUGGAAGAAAAUGACAGCCGAAGUGAUUAUUGUUGCUUUGCAGCAUUUCCAAGGCUGAGGACGAUUGUACAGAAAAUGCCAAUGACGCUGAAGGUUUCCCGUUUUAAGCAUGCUAAUGACUCAGGCUCACCUAAAGCUGCAGUUACUAAGGCAAAUUUUAUCAAGGAAAGAAAACCCAAACUGCUGAUCCCUCCUGAAUCCGCUGGCAGUAGCUCAUCAGUCACUGUCAUCAAGGGAGGUGUCCUGCUACUCGAAUGCAUUGCUGAAGGGCUCCCAACUCCUCAUCUAAGCUGGGUCAAGGUCACUGGAAACUUGCCCAAGGACGAGCCAGAAACAGAAAAUUUUGGGAAGGUGUUGAAGAUAGACCAAGUGACUGCAGCCGAUGAAGGAACGUACCAGUGCACGGCAAGCAACCCCAUGGGGAGAGCGAGGCAUGAGUUCCACGUUCACGUGGAAGAGCCUCCUCGGUGGAUAAAGGAGCCCGAAGGUGGUGUUUACAGUGUAGGAACAAAUCUUGUGCUGCUCUGCGAAGCUAUUGGCAACCCAGAGCCAACCAUUCAGUGGAAGCUUAAUGGGAUGCCCAUCGAUAGUAGGACCUUCAGAGGGAGAAUCUCUGCCAGGGAGAUCAGCCUCACCAACCUUCAGCUUCAGGACAGUGCUGUGUUCCAGUGUGAGGCCAGCAACAAGCACGGCACCAUCCUCGCUAGCGCCAACGUGAACGUCCUCAAUAUUGCUCCCUUAAUACUGACCUCGGAUGGUGAAAACUAUGCCACAGUUGAGGGUUACAGCGCCUUCCUGCACUGUGAGAUUUUUGCCUCGCCUGCAGCAGAUAUUAGAUGGACUAAGGAUGACAGUAUAGAGCCACUUUCAACAUUACGCUAUGAGUUAAAUAAGAAUGGCACCCUAGAGAUCAAAGAAACAAAGAAAGAAGACUCCGGCUCGUACGCUUGCUGGGCUGCAAACUCUGUUGGAAAAAGAGCAAUCACUGCUAAUCUGGAUAUAAGAGAUGCUACAAAACUUGUUGUUACUCCAAAGAACCCCCGAGUGUUGAAAUCCCAUUCAAUUUUAUUGAAAUGUCAGUCUGAGUAUGAUUCACACUUGAAACACAGUUUUAAAUUAUCCUGGAGGAAAAAUGGAGAUAAGCUGCCAGUCAACAGCACAGAAGAUGGCAGGAUAAUUCUGGACAGGGAUACGCUGUUCAUAUCAAGCGUGACACUGGAGGAUCAAGGCGUUUACACGUGCGUGGCUAGCACGUCUCUGGACAGCGUCACGGCCGAAUCGGAGAUAAUCGUUCUUGAUGUUCCUGAUCCGCCAGAAGAUCUUCGGCUCUCAGAAAAUCAAAACCGAAGCGUUCGACUAUCCUGGAAAGCCGGGGCCAGCCAUAACAGCCCUAUUAAUGAGUCGAUUAUAGAGUUUGAAGAGAACCGGUGGGAGCCGGGGAGGUGGCAGGAGCUAACCCGAGCCCCGGGGAAUGACACCACAGCCCUUUUGUCACUCACCCCAUAUAUGAAUUACCAGUUUCGCGUCGUGUCUGUGAACGCGGUGGGAAGGAGCCAGCCUAGCAAACCCUCGCUGCGCUAUGCAACACCUCCGGCUGCUCCAGACAAGAACCCAGAAAACAUCCGAGUUGAAGCUUCUGAGCCAAACGAAAUGGUGAUGAAAUGGGAGCCGUUGAAACCCGCGGAGAGGAACGGGCCGGGGCUGGAGUACAAAGUCAGCUGGCGGCAGCGGGGAGUCGAGGCGGACUGGAAUGAGGAGAUGGUGAAGAAGCAUUCUCUGACCCUGCGAAAUACCCCCACCUUCGUGCCUUAUGAGAUCAAAGUCCAAGCGGUAAAUAAUUUAGGAUCCGGUCCUGAACCAAACGUUACCAUCGGAUAUUCAGGAGAGGACAUUCCAGAUGCCGCUCCUUCCGGCGUAUCGGUGGAUAUCGUGAACAGCACGUUGGUCAAAGUCUUCUGGUUUGGAAUACCAAGGGACAGAGUUCGUGGACAUUUAAGAGGCUAUAAGGUCAGUUGGUGGAAAACAAGAAGCAUACUGGAUGGGAAAAGGCAUCACCCAGAGAAACACUUCCUAACGUUUGUAGGAGACAGAAACUAUGGGAUGAUUCCUGGUCUAGAGCCCUUCAGUGAAUUUCGCUUAACUGUUUUGGCCUACAACGCCAAAGGAGAUGGCCCGGAAAGCUCCCCCGUUGUGUUUGAAACUCCGGAAGGAGUCCCUGAACAACCACGUUUUCUAAGGAUCCUGAACUUUGACAAGGAUUCCAUCACUCUGUCGUGGGGACUUCCCAAGAAAGCAAAUGGCCACCUCACUGGCUACAUUUUGCAGUACCAGAUAAUAAACGAAACGCAUGAAAUCGGACCUCUGAACGACGUCAGCGUGACCAACCGCUCCACGCUCAGCUGGAAGCUUUCAGGUCUCAGCUCCAGUACCAAGUACAAAUUCUAUGUAAAGGCUUGUACAGUCAAAGGCUGUGGGAAGCCGGUCACAGAAGAAGGACUAACGAUGGCUCAAGGGAGUAAAGGGAUCGGCAAGAUUUCAGAAGCAGUAAACCCCACCCAAAAGUUUCACCCCAUUGAGGCGCUUGAGCCUGGAACUGAAUAUACAGUUCGUCUAGUGACUAAGAAUUGGGUUGAUAACAAUAGCAUUUUUGAAGAUGUAAUUGAGACAAGGGGGAGAGCCUAUGCUGGCAUUUACGAUGGAAUUUCCACCCAGGGGUGGUUUAUUGGACUGAUGUGUGCCAUCGCUUUGCUCACCCUGCUGCUGCUAACUAUUUGCUUUGUCAGAAGAAAUAAAGGAGGAAAAUAUUCAGUGAAAGAAAAAGAAGAUUUGCAUCCAGAUCCUGAAGCUCAAUCAAUAAAAGAUGAAAUCUUUGGGGAAUAUAGUGACAGCGAUGAAAAGCCGCUGAAAGGCAGCCUCCAGUCAAUUAACGGGGACAUUAAAGCCACCGAAAGUGCUGAUAGUCUGGUAGAUUAUGGAGAAGGGGAGCAUGGGAUGUUCAAUGAAGACGGUUCAUUUAUUGGAGCUUAUUCUGGAUCUAAGGAAAAAGGAUCAGUGGAAAGCACUGGGAGUUCUACAGCAACUUUUCCUCUCCACGCCUAAAAUAUUAGCAAGAAUGAUUCAUGUUUAAUUGUGAUAUUUAUCUUGAUUAGCACUCCACAGUUACCACAUGUGAUUGGAAGCAGGUUGCAAAUUGAGCCAGUCAGGAACCUGACAUCCAGGUAAUAUAAAAAUAAGUCACUGCCACUAAAAGAUGAUUUUUCCAUCGUAAUUUCUAGGUGUUUUCUUCUAAUUAAAACAAAACAGAAUUUCUCGGUGUAACAUCUGUAUAAUUAACUGUUAUUCCACGUGUUUCUUAGGUUUGGAAUAUGUUUCUCUGUAGAGUAUUUUUUUUUUUUUCUUGUAUGGCUGUUGUCACUUUGUGCCUACGUUUAUAUGUAGUGUUCCCUCAUGUACGGGGACCUCAGCACUGCAGAGGUUGCAACACAAGAAAAUCAAACAAAACCGGCGGGUGGCUCCGCAAAGUGACACAAUGCACCCUACUGAGAAAAAUGAUAAUUUAAAAUACUGGAGAAAUAUAUUCUAUAUAUUGUAUAAUUCUUCAUAAAGAAAUAAACUCCUUUGCUUAUGAUACUCUAAAAUUAUUUUAGUGGUUAGAGCUGACUGCAAUUACCGAUACUUAGAGAUGCAACUUUAUCCACAGAAAAAUUGCUCUUAGAAGAAAAAGCUCUGGCCUUGUGGAUGAAUCUUCUGUCCAGUAGCUGGCACUAUUUCCUUAAAUAAGUUAAGCUGCAGUAUCUUUCCUGUGGCGAGGCAAAACAGGGUUCCCAUCCACCAUCAUUAGAAAGUAUUUUAAUUUGUUUUCCCGAGUCUCUGCAAGCUGCAUUUCUAAGCAAAAUGCUUGGUGUCUGUCUCAUAUCUGUAUAUUUGUGCACUAGCAUACAUUUCCUGGAGACGUUGUACAUAUGAUAUUAAUAUUGACACAAGUAAAAAUCCGCCUUGUUUUAUUUUGAAAUGAGACAUGUUGCUAGCAUGAGUCUGUAUAGCUGCGUAGGAAUGAAUAGAAUUGCUUCUUAAAAUGAGUUUGGACCAGCAAAACUAGCUUUCAGAAGGAGUUGUGUGUAUCCCAGUCCUAUAAAUCUCACGCCUUUCUAGUACCACGUAAGAUAAACCUACCCGACUUUCAAGAGAUCACUUAUUUUCAAGCUAUUCAUCGUUAAAUAAACAAAAACGAAAGCAAAGAAAAUAUUAUGGUAUAGUUUCUUUUACCCUUUGAUUACUGAACGCUGGUUUAAAUCUGGUUCUUUUCUUUGCCUCUCCGCCACUAACUCAGCAAAGCUGUACAGCACAUUUUUUUGGUCUUUUUGUAUUGGAAUCUCACAAAUUUCUUUAAAAGCAUUUGUAUUUUUGAAUACGCUUAUACGAGUAGAGUAUCAAUUAGGCUUUAUUUCCUCUUGCAUUUACAAAUGACUGUCACUUCAAUUGUAUUAUUUUUUAAAUAGUUACUAUGGGAGGAGCAGGUCCUAAAAGCCAUUUUGCAUCCUGGUAGUAAUUAGGCAAAUAUCCCCAGCGGGUCCUUCAUGAUCUCCAUUACCUCAGUGGAAGAAAGAGAGGAAGCAAGAAUUACAUGGUUAGGAGUUUCCAGUAAUGCCUACAAUUAAGACCCGUUAGUUGCCCACAGGAACUCAGGUUGUUACCAGCAGAAAGGCCGUGGUUCGUGCGCAGCUCCCCUUACGCCUGGGCUGAAUUCUCAGUCGUGCUCAUCGAUUUCUGAAAGCAGUAAGAGACCUUUGGGGCUCGAGGCUGCUGCAUAUCUGUUCCUCUUUUUUUAAUUAUUUUUGCUUGUUAAGGACCUUUUGCCUAGCCUUUAUUUGGGAAAAGCAAACCCCAAAGAGCCAGCCUGAAACCCCCAGCGAUGCUGUGAGCGAGUAUAAAAAGACGAAUGGAAAUCUGCCCCGAGUCAAAAGUCAGCCCGCUCUGUGCCAGUGACCCCGUGGUGCGAAGGACUUGCUUUUAUUAUUUAUAAAGUUUGAUUUUCCGUGUUUCUCUCAAUCCAAAUGCUAAAAAAGUCCAAAGUCAUUUUCAUUUUUAUUAAAAAAUACUAAUUUUAAAAGGAGGGAGGCCAUCAUUGGAGAAAUGUGAAAAUUGGCAUUGGCGCCUCAUCAACAGAGACGUUUCCCACCAGGACCUUUAUCUGCUGACUCUUGUCUGCUGCAGCCCAAACCAGGUGAAGUCUAAGAACUGAUUAGGCUUGUGACAACCUUUGUUGCAAGCUUCGGGCUGUUUUUAAUGCAUUUCCUUUAGGAAUUAUCCGCACUAGCCCGUGAUCAAGGGGCUUUGAAAUAAGAACAAAAGCAGGGAACAAAAUGGGGGUGGGUUCCCCCAAAGCCUCGCUAAGCUCCCAGGGCAGAGGGCUGGGGAAGGGCUGUCCCCGAGCCCGGCAGAGCUCUCCCAGCCGCGGGGUCACUACCCGGGGCAGAGCUUUGGGCAGACGCACGGGGCUGAGGCUGGAUGCGAGCCGUCCGCAGACACAGCCAUCCAUUUUCUUGUACUUUGGGUCGCUGCAGAUCGGCCAGACUCAUUGUCCCAGAAAGCGCCUAUAUUAAACAGACACAAAUUUCAAAUCAUAUUAGUGAGUGUCAAAUUAUCGAGUAAUGAAUAUAAAUCCCCUGCGCUAUCACUUGCUCUGUUGCUGCUAAGAGAUGUUUAUGAUGUUCCUGUGAUGUGCUACUCGUCUGUGCCGGUAUGAGCGCUUUUUUCUAUUAAAAUUUUAAUUCAGAUCCUUAAAUCUUAAUGUUGGUGUUUCAUGAUGCCUCAGGGUCUAAAAAUCAUACAGUGACAAAAAGAUGUGCGAUGGAAUUUGUACAGCGCGCACUGACUUUUGAGGAAUAUGCCCAAUGAAUAUUAAACAAAUGGCUGAAAAUCCCAGGGAAUCUCACUCACUUGAGCUUCGUUCUCUUUCCCAAGCAUUUCUUUUCCUUUUAUUUUUUUCCUAAUGGGGUUUUAUUUUCUCUGGUAUGGGUCCCACUCAUGCAGUGUACCUUGGAAAGUGCAGGACGCUAAUGGUUUUGUUAGAGAUUUGCUUUCAAAAGUAAGCUAACAGAGCAAGCUCACAUUUUGCUGAGCAGUUUUUUGUCAUUGUCACUGCAUUUUUUUCUAGGGCGGUCUGUUACGGGUGAGAGGAAUUGUGGCCAUGUAGGCUGAAUAAAAACCAUCACCAACUGUACUGCAGUUCUGGAAUAGGCCAUUAAAUCAAAUAGUGGUUUUUUUUUUCACUGGCCAGGAGUAUUUAUUAAAAUUAGUUGAUGGAAAUCUGUGGUGAUUUCUUUAAUUAAUACCUAGAAGGGAAUUUCAGGCUGCCUGCUGGGAGGAGGGGGUUGAGGACAGCCAGCCGUGCGAGCAUGCAGACCCUGUUGGAUAGGGGAUUAUGAAUUACCUGGUGCCAUGGCUGUUGGUUUGGUUUCAUUUGGUUACGAUAUGCCGUUACAUUUGGCUGGGAAUACAAGUGUGAGAGGGGAAAUGACACUUUCAGAUUUGAUAUCUCAGUCGACCUGGGAUGCAAUUUCACCGAGCAAGGAGGAGGCAGUUCCCUGGCCCCAGGAAGCCUGGCUUGCGGAUUUAAGCAGCCUCCUCUGGCACAAAAGAGGGGCGGAUGUUUCUCAGAAACUUGUGGGGUUUUGACUGUGCAUAAGAUUAAGAAAAUAAAAUCAGCUCUUCCUUGCUAAUGGUAAAAAGCUCUCCUGUGUGCUAGCUCCCGUGCAAGUGAGCUCUUUGCGUUCACAGAGCAGCUUACCAUUGAUUUGGUAUCGGUUGUGAUCUCAAACCGAAGUUUUUAUUAAAAAAAAAAAAAUGUAUAAUAUAAUUGCACAAUCAAGAACUUGUAGGAAGGGCUCCAGCUUCAUUCUCAGGCAAAAUUUGGAGUCCCGGUCUCAAUAAAUCCUCGCUUGCGCCUGACUCUGCUCGUCAGCAAGCCCAGCGGUGCUGGGUACCAAAGCCCUUCUGGGGCUGGAGCUGUGGGAGGAGCAGAAUUAGGAACCAAAUCAGAAAAUGACUUUCCCCUCUGGAUAAAAAUGUGUGUGUAUGUAUAAUAAAUUAAGAAACCCCUUCUUUGUAACUCAAGUUUUAAAUUGAUCUAAUUAGCAUAUCAUUUAAUGCUUUAUGAUAUUUGUUCUGUUGUGUUCUGUGUUCUUAUUUCACAGAUUUUAACGAGCAGCUCUUUUUCUGCUAACUACUUCCACCGACUGAAUGGGUCAGAUCCGAUGCAUGAGAGGUUUUAAUAAAAAUUUUCAGGCCGAUUUUAUUUUUGAGAUGAAAACAAGUAGUAGCACAAUCUUUCUAUAGAAAAAGGUGGGGUUUUUUUAACAGUAAUUCCACGUGCAGUUUUGUAAACUGAAGUUAGAAUAACAUUCACUAAUCCUUGCACGCUUCUGAAAGGAAAUCUCACAGUAAUUUUUUUAUAGUCAGUAUUUUGCGGAUGAGCGGUAAAUCUAGAUUAUUUUAUGUACCCGUAAGAAUGGAUAUUAAGAGAGGAAAUUCUUCAUGACAAGAGAAUUGCCUUUACUUGACAAUGGAUCAAGCCCUCAGCUGCAUCUCUGGUAAUGUUUAGUGUUUCAAAAUCAGGCGUAUAAAGCGUGUGGGAGUACAGGUACAUGUUUACAUUGCAGCUCCGUAUCUUUCAUGUAAAGGUUUCAAGUGAUCUGCACUGAUUUGUUCCCUUUUCAGGCAGGAACCGGUAGGUGGGUUUGAGCCAAAGCAUACGGUCUGUCUUGUUUUUUUGUUUUUAUUACUUCGAACAAGAUAUUUUGUAAUUUCAUGAAAAAAAGAUCAAAGCAAAUGUGGCGUCACUGUUCCAAUGUUACUUUUCGAGCUAAAUGUUAGUGUGCAUUUAUUAAAGUUUAGAGAAACGUGUUGUACUGUAGUUGCUGUUUGUAUCAUGCAUAUGUGCACGUAUGGUUUUAAAAGAUAUUUUCGUUUUACAUGAAAUACAACUUUGCUAAUAAAAGUUUGACUUGAUGUAAUCUUCAAAA